GGGUUGCUAGCACAUAUUUGAGGUGUUAAAGAUGAUCUGCCGCUUCUAAUGGUAUCGACAAUCCUGAUUUACAUCACACUAGGCCGUGACUGUGGAUGCUAGGACCUGCUCCAGUCUGUCGAGAACUAUGAUUGAUGGUAAAACUCAUCUCCAUGUGGGGAACUUGCCCCCUAGUACAUGUUCAACUUACUAUGUAUUCCCGUUCUUGUAAGUGAUGAUGGUGAGGAGUUCGGGGCUAGUGUUACUCAUGAGCGUGUGCUGAGAUGAGAUGAAUAAAUGGUGCAUAAAGAACCAGAAACUGGAUUAUCCAGGAAUGGUAGAAGCCAAGGAAACUCGUCAUGCCACCUUCAGCGCGCUCUACCGCUCCUUCGGGAGGUACCUCCACGGAGGUAUCCCAGGGAUUGGUGGACUCAAGGAGGUCCAUCUUCACUCUUGACGAGCUGAUUCGGUGGCGUGCCUCUGAGAUGGGAGACUCGCCCUUGAUUGGGUAUCCCAAACAUUCAUUACUCGACUUCGAGGAACACAGCGCUCGCUCGGUGGAUCGAUAUGUAGAUGCGGCAGCAGACAAGCUACAGCAGCUGGGCUUGCCACCUGUUGAUCCCUCCCUUGAGAAACCGCCGGUAGUCGGAAUACUAUGUCAAUCGGGCCUGCAUGUGGUCAUUACAAUCAUCGCCUUGAGCCGGCUGGGCUACACUGUUUUCUUAAUCUCGACCAGACUUGCAAGUCCAGCACUUGAUCGCCUGAUUGAGUUAACGGGAUGUAGCGCCGUCAUCACCACGCCGAACUUUCAUGCUACAUUGGCUGAACUCACCAAAGAAAGACAGCCUACUCUCAUACCUACCCUUUCGCACUCAGACUACUACCGAGAAGAUGCGCCGGUAUUCGUACGCUUUUACGAUGCCGAAUAUGAGAGUAAGAAGGUGGCUAUCAUUCUCCAUUCAUCGGGAUCUACUGGUCUGCCAAAACCCAUAUGGAUGUCCCAUAAAAGCUGCAUUGGCGCCUUUGGCGUCAAUAUGAACAUGCGUUCCCUUCUUACAUCGCCUCUCUUCCAUAGUCACGGGUUCUAUGAGGUUUUCCGAGCUAUCUACGCGAGGAAGACGAUAUACCUCGCCAACUAUUCGCUUCCGAUAACCAGACAGAAUCUGCUGGAGAUAUUGGGAUACGUGAAACCAGAACUCUUCCAUUGUGUACCAUAUGUAAUAAAGCUCCUUGCUGAGUCAGAUGCAGGAAUCCAAGCUCUUAAAAACGUAGACGUGGUUCUCUUUGCGGGUAGCAGUUGUCCCGACGACCUAGGUGACCUACUUGUCAGCCAUAGAGUAAAUUUGGUUGCAAAUUAUGGAGCUACCGAAACAGGCAGGUUGAUGACCUCGUCUCGACCGCCGGGCGAUAAAUAUUGGAACUAUCUGCGGCUUCUACCGCCCGCACGGCCAUUUGUACUAAUGGACGAAGUCGCGCCUGGACUAUACGAAUGCGUUGCGCUCGACGGCCUGAAGUCGAAGAGCACGGUCAACUCGGACAACCCGCCUGGAUCAUUCCGAACCAGGGAUCUCUUCGCACCACACCCAACUGAGCCCGGCCUGUGGAAGUAUGUCUGCAGACUAGAUGACCGCUUUACCCUCAUCAACGGUGAGAAAGUACUUCCAAUCUCCAUGGAGGGCCGUAUCCGUCAGGAAGAACUCGUAAAAGAGGCCGUAGUUUUUGGCGAGGGUAAAAGCUAUCCGGGGGUACUGAUCUUCCGGGCUGACGUAGCAGCUCAUAUGCCAGAUGGGCAUUUUCUCAAGGCAAUCUGGCCGGCUGUGGAGGCGGCGAACUCUCGGGCUGAGACCUUCGCCCGUAUUCCAAAGGAGCUAAUUGUGGUGCUUCCAGCCGACGCGGAAUAUCCCCGUACAGACAAGGGAACCUUUAUCCGUGUCCCCACGUAUAAACGGUUUCACCAAGAGAUCGAAUCCGCGUAUAAUAAGUUUGAGAACGAGAAAGGGGGAACCCUGUCCCUUUCAGGGCAAGAGUUAGAAUAUUACCUGUUGCAUGGGUUGAAGGACCGGCUCGGCAUCGAGCUGUCAGCCGACGACGAGUUCUUCGCCUUGGGCGUGAACAGCCUGCAAUGUAUCCAGAUGUGGAAUUUGAUCAAGAAGGAGCUCGACUUAGGAGGGAAUGGCUCUAAGUUGAGCCAGAAUGUCUUAUACGAGACGGGCAACGUCCGAGCGCUUGCCCGCCACCUCGAAAGAUUAAGAUCAGGGGACGAAUCAUCGACCGAUGAGAUUGGUAAGAUGCAAGAACUAAUCGAUGCAUACUCCUCAUUCGAGCCACAUGUCGGCGGAAAUGCUCCAAGACCAGACAAACAUGUUGUUCUAUUGACGGGAGUUACUGGUGGCCUAGGCGCACACCUGCUCGCACAACUGGUAUCGCGAGCCAAUGUUUCGUCGGUAUGGGCGAUGGUGCGCGCGCCCACGGACACUGCGGCCUCGGAUCGCGUAAUCAGCUCUCUCAAGACCCGUGGCAUCGAGCUUUCGGCAGGGAACAGCAGCAAGGUAGUCCCACUAGCCUGCGAUCUCAGUCGUCCUGACUUUGGACUGAGCCCAUCGCGCCUAGCGGCAUUAACGCGCAUCCUCACGGUGGUCAUCCACAGCGCAUGGGCUGUCAAUUUCAAUAUUCCCGUCCAGAGCUUCGAGAACCAGCACAUUAGAGCGGUUCACAACCUAAUCCAACAAUGUCUCCAUGUGCAGACGCCGGAGCCGGCCCGCUUCUACUUCUGCUCUUCCGUCUCGGCGGCCGGCGGGACUCCUCGUCCCGGCACCGUAGAAGAGGGGCCUGUUAUGGAUCCUGCGCAUGUUCAGCAUACAGGUUACGCACGAUCUAAGUAUGUGGCUGAACAUAUCACUCGCAACGCGAUGAUCAGUGCUGGCGCACCCGCGCAAGUGCUACGCAUAGGGCAGCUGAUAGGUGACACCGUGACUGGCGAAUGGAACUCGACUGAGGGCGUACCUAUGAUAGCACAGACUGCAGUCACGCUAGGCGCGUUGCCUAUGCUGGACGAAGAAAUGUCGUGGCUCCCAGUCGACUGUGCAGCAACCACCAUUAUUGAAUUAGUUGGGAUUGCAGGGAGCGGUAAACCAAUCGAUCCCGCCUCGGACUCAGACGUAGUGUACCACGUUCUCAACCCACAGACCUUCCACUGGACGCGGGACAUGCUUCCUUCAUUGGCCCAAGCUGGUCUCGAGUUCGAGACUCUUCCCACCGACCAGUGGAUGGAGCGACUGAGGCAUUCAGACCGAGACCCGACCAAGAAUCCCCCAAUCAAGCUGCUAGAGUGGUUCGAAAGCAAAUACGGUCAUGGUAGAUCAACUACACGAAGUGGUGGACUUGUCUACCUGACCGAGGAGACUAGGAAGAAUUCUGAGACUCUGAGAAAUGUGCCGGAUGUGACAGAUGUAGGAUUCGUGCAGAAGAUGUUAGGCAGACUGAGGAAACAUUGGGAUCGUAAUGCGUAGUGUGCGCCGUCGCGGUCUUCGUAGAAUUAUCUUUUGGUAUCGAAUUUCCCUAAGAGCUAGGAUAUUGUUGCAGAUGCGAAGUUGACGUUUGUCCCAUUUACUGCGACAUGCCGAGAGGCUAGAUGAUAGGGGCUUAGGCGGGGUUCCGCUAGAUCCCGGCACCUCCCUUCCACACCCAGGGGUCUCUAUUUUCUCAUCAAAUAUGCCUUGUUUUUUUUGCUAACAAUACAAGGAAACAAACCGUCCGCUGAGAUAUCAAGCGAUUAUCUCCAAUGAUUUGUUCGUCUUAUAUUUGAUUCUUAACGCGGCACACGGGUAGGUGAGUGGGCGUAUGUUGAAACCGUUGACGGUGGCGACCAUGCAUUGAAGCAAUAGGGCACAUAGGAGAAGAUCGCCUCUAGAAAACGACGACGUUGCCAAGAUGACAAGAUUAGAUCAAAAAUCUAGCCCUAUGAUGCUGGGUGGUGAUCUUGGCUACAAAUGCCACGCCAAUUUCUGUAGUCCGGUUUAUAUGAAGUUGAUAUAGGUAUCCC